AUGGCUGAGUUACCCGACGUGGAAGAUAACAACAACGUUGGAGAAUCGUGGGCGAAUCGACCUCGCGAAAAUGAAUACGACGAUGUUUUGAAGACAUAUGGAUGCGAACAGCGUCGAUUGUUCAAUGCCUUUGAUGAGAAUGAUCACAGGUAUGAUGGAAAUAAGGUUUCGACAAAAGAAAUUUUCAAUCAUGAGCAAAUGCAAGAUUUGUAUACGAUUAGGCAGAUCAGAGGAAAGGGAAAUUCAAGCAUCCUAGAUCAAAAUGGAAUAGAGGAUAACGAGGAUGACGCUAAUGAUUUUCGACUCAUUGAGGUGAAUACUGAUAACGAUGUCAGCGACAACGAUUAUGAAAUGAACGAGGAUGGUGAAAGUAUUCGUUUGCAACUAAAUUUGUACGAUAGAUUAAUGCAUUUACAAAUUAAGCUUCAUGCAGCCUUGCGUGUUUUUAACCAGUUGCCACGUGGUAUGCUAGCUAUAUCCUUAUUACGGAGUGUUGAUCGAGAAACAAAAAGGAAAUAUCUUCAAGAAUUGAAAUUAAUGCGAAAAAGAACAGCCUCAAUGAUUUCUACUCUAUUAGCAAUUGAAGAAUUAAUGCUUGAAGGCUCAAAUCAGACUAAAAAUAUUUCAAGUGGAAAAAAUAUUUCGGAAAUAGAAGAUUCAGAAAAUGAAAAAAUAACAAGCUCCGAAGACGAGAAAAGUGAUGAAGAUGAUCCAACAUCACGCGAAAAUCAUAAAAGUAAUUCGAAAAAUAUAGAUGGACCAUGUCUCAGGGAAAAGAAAUCGUUUAAAUUUUUCAAAAUGCUGCUCAAUGAACGUCACGAUCGUUUUCAAAAUUUCAGAAAUUCCACAUUAUCGAAGUGGGACGAAAGAACGCGCUUAAUUGGAAAUUUUUCGGUGAAAAAUGCAAAAAAAGAUUUUUCUGGAUUUGAAUCACUUAUUCUUAAGCAAAUCGAAAAUGUUGUUUCUUCAUUAAAGCUUGUUAACGCUUAUGGAGGUUUUAAUCGUCCAUCUUGA